GGCCACGCCUGCCGCCGAGGCGGCGCUCGCCGGGGCCGCGACAGUUCGCGGGUCCCACUCUCCGCUGCUACCAGCAUGUCGCCCGAGGACUCCGAGGAGACUCUGCCGCUUUUGCGGCCGCCGGACGCUAGCGUUCCCCGCGGCCGCCGGGUCUUCCUCGCCGCCUUCGCCGCCGCCCUGGGCCCGCUCAGCUUCGGCUUCGCGCUCGGCUACAGCUCGCCCGCCAUCCCCAGCCUGCGGCGCACGGCGCCCCCCGCCCUGCGCCUCGGAGACAGUGCGGCCUCCUGGUUUGGGGCCAUCGUGACCCUGGGCGCUGCGGCAGGGGGCGUACUGGGCGGCUGGCUCGUGGACCGUGCGGGGCGCAAGCUGAGCCUCCUGCUCUGCACCGUGCCCUUCGUGACCGGCUUCGCUGUCAUCACCGCGGCCCGGGACGUGGGGAUGCUGCUCGGAGGCCGCCUCCUCACUGGCCUAGCUUGCGGAGUCGCCUCGCUAGUGUCACCGGUCUAUAUCUCAGAAAUUGCCUACCCAGCCAUCCGAGGACUGCUCGGCUCCUGUGUGCAGUUGAUGGUGGUCACCGGCAUCCUUUUGGCCUAUGUGGCAGGCUGGGUCCUAGAGUGGCGCUGGCUGGCCGUGCUGGGCUGUGUGCCCCCCACCUUCAUGCUGCUGCUCAUGUGCUGUAUGCCUGAGACCCCACGAUUCCUCCUGACUCGACACCAGCACCAGGAGGCCAUGGCUGCCCUUCGGUUCCUGUGGGGCUCCGAGGAGGGCUGGGAAGAGCCCCCCAUUGGGGUUGAGCACCAGGGCUUCCAGCUGGCUAUGCUGAGGCGUCCUGGCGUCUACAAGCCCCUCGUCAUUGGCAUUUCACUCAUGGCCUUCCAGCAGCUGUCGGGGGUCAAUGCCAUCAUGUUCUAUGCCGAGACCAUCUUUGAAGAGGCCAAGUUCAAGGACAGCAGCCUGGCCUCGGUCACCGUGGGCAUCAUCCAGGUCCUGUUCACUGCUGUGGCGGCCCUCAUAAUGGACAGAGCAGGGCGUAGGCUGCUACUGACCUUGUCGGGUGUGGUCAUGGUAUUCAGCAUGAGCGCCUUUGGUGCCUACUUCAAGCUGACCGAGAGUGGCCCCAGCAACUCCUCCCAUGUAGGCCUCCUGGUGCCCAUCUCUGCGGAGCCCGUUGAUGUCCAUGUGGGGCUGGCCUGGAUGGCUGUAGGCAGCAUGUGCCUCUUCAUUGCUGGCUUUGCAGUGGGCUGGGGACCCAUCCCCUGGCUCCUCAUGUCCGAGAUCUUCCCUCUGCAUGUCAAGGGUGUGGCUACCGGUGUCUGUGUCCUCACCAACUGGUUCAUGGCCUUUCUGGUGACAAAAGAGUUCAGCAGCAUCAUGGAGAUCCUCAGGCCCUACGGUGCCUUCUGGCUCACCGCUGCCUUCUGCAUCCUCAGCGUCCUCUUCACGUUGACCUUCGUCCCUGAGACUAAAGGCCGGACUCUGGAACAGAUCACAGCCCAUUUCGAGGGACGAUGACAGCCCCUUCUGUGACUGGCAGCCCUGAGCUGGGCUAGCUUUGGGUUUCAGAAGGAGUCGAGUGGCCUGUAGCUGAGCCACGCCUCACUUUGAGCCUGGAGCCCCUGACUCCUCAGGCCUCAGAGCCCCUCCUUGUCCAGGGGUACGAGGUUCACCAGAUUCUGGGUCUAGUCUCUGCGGCCUGCAGCACACACAGGACAUCUGAGGAGCUGUGCAGUCGUGCCUGGCACGCGUCUCCUUCCUCAGACUAAAGCAUCUGAACUGACAUGAUGGCUCCUGUAUCCUGUUUUCUGGCCGGGGAUCUUCUGGAUCCUGGGUCCUAAGCACCCACCUGUGCCUCCCACCUGACUGUGGGAUCCGAAAGGAAUUUGGCCACAUAAAAGUUGGGCUCAGAAACAAGACUGUGACCUCUCUGAGUGAGCCCAGGUGGAGAAGAGAAUAUUCUAGUCAACCUAACCAAACCCGCCCUCCUCGGCCCUGCCCAGAGGUCCUGUGGAUCACUGUGGGGUCAGCCGGCCAGCUUACCCAUCACUUUUCCUGGGCUCGGUGUCCGGGUCAUUAGUCACCAAAUCUUGUUGAGUUUCAGAAAAUAAAAAACCUCUUUCUGUUGGACUUUAA